AUGGCGGCUGCGGCGUCCCAGUCGCUGUCCUCGGGUGGCCCCGGGGCCGUGCGGCUGCCGCGCUCGCCGCCACUCAAGGUACUGGCAGGACAGCUGCGGCGGCACGCAGAGGGUGGCCCGGGCGCGUGGCGGCUGUCGCGGGCGGCGGUGGGCCGCGCUCCGCUGGAGCUGACGGCCGUGUGGAUGCAGGGUACCGUGCUGGCGGCGGAAGGCGGCCAGGCGAGGCUGCGCGACCCGAGCGGGGACUUCUCCGUGCGCGGCCUGGAGCGCGUACCACGCGGCCGGCCCUGCCUGCUCCCAGGAAAGUAUGUGAUGGUGAUGGGGGUGGUUCAGGCCUGCAGUCCUGAGCCCUGCCUGCAGGCUGUGAAGAUGACAGAUCUUUCUGACAAUCCUGUCCACGAAAGCAUGUGGGAACUGGAGGUGGAAGACUUGCACAGGAAUAUUCCUUAGAGCUGGGACCCUCUAAGAACAGUUUACCCCCAUAUGGGUCUCAGGAGCAUCACAAAAGUUUC